GAGUUCAAUGUGUCAUCAUCAAGUAUGAUUAGAGACCAAGAUUUUUAAAAAUACAUGCCUUUUAUCACAUUGAAGAAAUUACUUUCAGGACUUCCUUGCUGGUCCAGUGGUUAAGACCCCAAGCUCCCAAUGCAGGGGGCCCGGGAUUCAAACCCUGGUCAGAGAACUAGAUCUGACAGACUGCAAGGAAGAUCAAAGGAUCCUGCGAGCUGCAACUAAGACAUGGAGCAGCUAAGUGGAAGCCAUUUUCUACUGAUGAAUCAGAUUGCUCAGAUUCUUCAAGAUCAUGGUCAUAAUGUCACCAUGCUUCUCCAAAGGGGAAAUUUAUUCCUACCAGAUUUUAAAGAGGAGGAGAAAUCAUACAAAGUUUUUAACUGGUUUCUGCCUGAAGACUGUAAUGAAGAAUUUCAGAGGUCUUUUCAUUCCUUUAUGGAGAAAACUUUUGUGGGCAGAUGCAGAUUUGAACACUUUUUAAAUAUUAUGGAACUACUAGGGCAUCACUGCAGUCAUUUGCUAAGGAGAAAUGAUAUCAUGAAUUCUUUAAAGAAUGAGAACUUUGACCUGGUGAUAGUGGAAAUGUUUGACUACUGUCCUUUCUUGGUUGCUGAGAAGCUUGGGAAGCCAUUUGUGGCCGUUCUCCCUUCCCUAUUGGGCACUGUGGACUUUGGACUACCAAGUCCUCUGUCUUAUGUGCCAGUAUUCUAUUCCUUGUUAACUGACCAGAUGGACUUCUGGGACCGAGUAAAGAAUUUCCUGAUGUUUUUUGAGUUCUUCAAGAAGCAGUGGAAAAUCCAGUCUGUGUAUGAUGACACCAUCAAGGAGCAUUUCCCGGACGACUCUAGGCCAGUUUUGUCUCAUCUUCUAACAAAAGCAGAGCUGUGGUUUGUUAACUCCGAUUUUGCCUUUGAUUUCGCUCGGCCCCUGCUUCCCAACACUGUGUGUAUUGGAGGUUUAAUGUCCAAACCUGUUAAACCAGUACCACAAGAAUUUGAGACUUUCAUCACCAAAUUUGGAGACUCUGGUUUUGUCCUUGUAAGCCUGGGGUCCAUGGUGAGUUUCAUUCAGUCCCAGGAGAUUCUCAAAGAGAUGAAUGCUGCCUUUGCUCGUCUCCCUCAAGGGGUGAUAUGGAAGUAUAAUCCUUCUCAUUGGCCCAAAGACAUCAAAUUGGCCCCAAAUGUGAAAAUUGUGCACUGGCUUCCUCAGAAUGACCUUCUGGGGCACCCUCACAUCCGCCUCUUUGUCAGCCACGGUGGGAUGAAUAGUAUCAUGGAGGCCAUCCAACAUGGCGUGCCCAUGGUGGGGAUUCCCCUCUUUGGAGACCAACAUGAAAACCUGCUCCGAGUUAAAGCCAAAAAUUUCGGUGUGUCUAUCCAAUUAAAGCAGAUCAAGGCUGAGACACUGGCUCUGAAGAUGAAGCAAGUCAUAGAGGACAAGAGGUACAAAUCUGCCGCAGAGGCCGCCAGCAUCAUCACACGCUCGCAGCCCCUGACCCCUGCCCAGCGGCUGGUGGGCUGGAUCGACCACAUCCUCCAGACAGGGGGUGCAGCCCACCUCAAGCCCCAUGCCUUCCAGCAGCCGUGGUAUGAGCAGUACCUACUGGACGUCAUCUUAUUCCUGCUGGUGGUCACCCUGGGCACUGCGUGGCUCUGUGGGAAGCUGCUAGGCCUGGUGGCCAGGUGGCUGUGUGGGACCAGGAAGCUGAAGAAGGCCUGAGGCCAAAUGGAGCCUAGGAAGGUGGAGUGUUUGGGCAGACUCAGCAUUUCUUGGCAUCUCCAGCCAGUUUUGUCAACCCUGGUUCUCCACAUCCUAUCCACUUGCUCUUUUGCUACAAAUUCCUGCUCACUGGCUUCUUCUCAUGACUGCAAUUCUUUACUGAGCCCUUGUGGCCUUGACUGCCACUCAGCAAGGGCGGUUCUGUGAUUCUGUCCCUGGGAAAUUUGGAUAAGUGACCAUCAGAUCUGAAGCCUUGAAACUGCCUUCUGUAUCACACCCUUCUUCCUGGCACUGAGCCUGGACCAUUUUGGUCUCCAUUCCCUUGCAUCUUCUCAGCCUCCUUCCCUCACUCCUCCUCCACCACUUGUCAAAGAAUAACCCCUAAGGCAGGUGCUUUGUUGUUUCUUUGAUUUUCUGUUUGCUUGUCCCGCAAACUCUUGUCAAAGUUCAGGAAGCCUGUCCUGGGCAAGAGCAUUGAGGGCCAGACACACCCUUGCCUGUGUGCAUGGUCUCUGCCUUGGUUUCUGCAGAGAACUCCUCCUUUCCAGUGGAGACUGCAGGUUAGUCACGGGCUGAAGUGUCACUGGUCUCUGCUUUUCAUAGCUGUGAGCUAUCUUCUCAACUUUCCUAUUUAAAACACGAAGUCAUGAGAAAGAAGAUAAUUUCUUUGUAAACUGAGAAGAGUCUCUACAUAGCUGAGCCUCUCUGUACCUGACAUACUGUUGGAAAUUGCAUUCAGUUCAGUUCAGUUGCUCAGUCAUGUCUGACUCUUGGCGACCCCAUGGACUGCAGCAUAUCAGGCUUCCCUGUCCAUCACCAACUCCUGGAGUUUGCUCAAACUCAUGUCCAUCGAGUCAGUGAUGCCAUCCAACCAUCUCAUCCUCUGUUGUGCCGUCUCCUCUUGCCCCCAAUGCUUCCCAGCAUCAGGGUCUUUUCUGAAGAGUCAGCUCUUCACAUCAGCUGGUCAAAGAAUUGGAGCUUCAGCUUCAGCACCAAUGAAUAUCUUUCCAAUGAAUAUUUAGGGUUCAUUUCCUAAUGAACCUAAUGGUUUGAUUUCCUUGCUGUGCAAGGGACUCUCAAGAGCCUUCUCCAACACCACAAUUCAAAGGCAUCAAUUCUUCGGCUUUCUUUAUGUCCAGCUCUCACAUCCAUACAUGACUACUGGAAAAACCAUAGUUUUGACUAGACAGACCUUUGUUGGCAAAGUAAUGUCUCUUCUUUUUAAUAUGCUGUCUGGGUUUGUCAUAACUUUCCUUCCAAGGAGAAAGUGUCUUUUAAUUUCAUGGCUGCUGUCACUGUCCACAGUGAUAUUGGAGCCCCCCAAAAUAAACUCUGCCAGUUUCCACUCUUCCCCAUUCUAUUUGCCAUGAAAUGAUGGGAUCAGGUGCCAUGAUCUUACUUGUUUGAAUGUUGAGUUUUAAGCCAGCUUUAUCACUCUCCUCUUUCACUCUCAUCAAGAGGCUUUUGAAUUCCUCUUCACUUUCUGUCAUUAGAGUAGCACCAUCUGCAUAUCUCAGGUUGUUGGUAUUUCUCCUAGUGAUCUUGAUAGUAAUGGAAGCCAGAAAAAAAGAAAAGAGUGACUGGAACUGCUUAGGGUUUUCCUUUUUU